UUAAAAACGAGAAAAUAAGGAAAUUUUCUUUUGAUAUUAAUUAUAUAAAUUAUCAAGAAUAAUGGUAGAUUGUAGAGAAAUAACUUUUGUUUGUAGAACUUUUUGAAAUAGUGGAAAGUAGUGAUUAAGACCAAAUCUUCAAAAUUUAGUUACGGCAGUAACGUUGCUUGAACAGCGCCACAGUUAAAAAAACAUGUAAUUCUAUAAUACAGUAGAUGAUUUUGUGAUAAUUUUACGGUAAAAUGUGUGCUUGGUGGUACUGCGGUAGCUAAUCUCGUUAUUUUCAGUGCCUUGACGGCGAUCGGAGACUGCUUCGGGCCGUCGUAUCCGGUUUCCACGAGUGGAUCGCCGAACCCGAGAUCCCUCGACGGUCGGACAUAGCGGACAUAGCGGCCGUGGUACGGUACGCCCGCGCGCUGCACGCCACGUACCUGUUGGCCAAGAUGUUCAGAUACCGCGCCACGAUGGCAAUGUUCCCGGUCAAGGUGUCCAGAACGCUGCGGAUCCACGCUGCCGGUAUAUCGAACCACUGUCUCGGAUUCCUGUCCGCCAACCGCCGGUGCGUUCCUGCGACGUUGACGAACGGCCUCUGUCUGCUGGUGGCCGCGAUUUCCGCUUUCCAGCCUGAGAUGCUUGACUCUGUCGCGGAAAACGCUUUCGGCUUGCGCAUACUGGCCAAGGUCACUGAGCGUUCAGCCGCGUUGCCAGCAGCGUGCCAACAGUUGGUGGAUGCAUUGUUCGAGAAAAGGCGGUGGAAGGAUGCCGGCGGCGCGGACGUGGAUUCCCUCACGGCGGUCGCGGCCACGUUGACUGGUAGAAGUCACGAUGAGAUCUGGCGGUUGAUCACCAGGAGGAUGUCAUUCCUGGAAAACGCGGCCGCCGGUGACCCUAACCUCGGCCGUCGUCGGCAGCUCUUGACCAACGUGCGCGGGACGCCGCUGGGCACGUACACGUACGACAUGCUGCAGCGGGGAGACGCGACGACGCGACGGGACGACUUCGAUUGGUCGGAUCCGCGACACCUGUUGAUGGUCAGCGUCGCCUGCACCACGGCCGCUGGCAGACGCUGGCUGGGACAGACGGACGCGUUCGGUUCGCUUGACGGACUCGUAGCGACUCGUUCGCGUCGAACGGAAGUCUCUCUCGACCCGGACGGUGACCGGAAGUCGCUCGACUCGAUCGUCCGCGUCGCCUAUUCCUGUUGCGCGUCGAUCGGAGGGUUAAACGUUGUACUUGAUCAUAAUUGCUGUGACGACGGUUCGGACGCUGCAAUAACCCAGAUAAUGACACUUACGAAACUUUACUACGCUUCGCUUCAAAAUUUUGAUGGUCAUCCCAUUCCGAGAGACGUUCUCGUGAUGCUGUGGCUGCGUUUAGUACAAGCCGCCACGCACACAUUCAGCUCACGUGUUUACACGGACUUAAAACUCAACUAUCAAGAAACAUUAUUAAAACUGUCCGCCGAAAGCCGUACGGAAGACGAAAUAGUUUUCGUCGAUGAAACAACCGAACUUUUAACAAAAUUACAACGCCCUCUGCUGUCGGACGGCACUGGGUACGCCACCGAAUCUACCCCUGGCGCUCUGGCCGGGUUUUUGGCAAAUACUAAUCAACAUCACGGCAGUGCCUGGUUACAGAGGGUUCGCUCUAUAAUAAUCCGUUCCGACCAGAUAACCGGAACGGAGACGAUGGAUUUAAUAGCGUCGGUCGGCCGUCGCCGUUUUGAUGGCCAACUCGACCUGGGCGCUUUCGAUCGUAAAUUAAACCUAACCGAUUUCGAUGUCACCGGAAUUCGAUUGGCGCUGAGGUACGGGUCGAGCGUCGGGUUGGUGGCCGAAGAUUCGGCGGCGUCCUCGGAGCUCGAACAACUAUACAGUCGUGUCGAAAGACGAGGAUCGCCGUGGCUAUUCGAUUGCAUGACUUGUACGUUGUUUAUAGCGUCGCGAGGAUCGGAAAACGGGUGCAUCGAGGCGUGCGCUAUACUGCUCAGACUCUAUGAAACAACGCGAUACGUUUGGCCUCCGGCAUUUGACGAGGACGACGACAGGAGAGCUGCUUUUGGUCAUUUGAUCGAAGGGUUGUUGCAACAAGAGCAACCCGAAGUGUACAACGCGUUUAAGAUGUCGGGUGUCUCGUGGUGGCUUCUGUGCUCCGGUUGGGCGUCCGACUGUUUUUGGGGCCGUCUGAGGUGGCCCGAAAUUUGCCGCUGGCUGUGCCUGGUCGUCGUGCACUCGGUCGACUACCAGGCCUUUUUUUUCAUCUGUCUGGCCGUGGCUCAAAAGCGCCGCUGGUUAGAGGCGUUCAACUUGGGCCGGUUUCACGAUACCGUUUUCCAGAGUGAUUUCUGCGAUUUCCGACUGGCUGACCAUGCCAUUUAUCUAGAGGAAUUGGCGAAAAAGCACCAACGGUGCAUAUCGAAAAAACUCGCUGCCGAAUUCGAUAUGAAUUAGAGACGUAUUAUACCUAUAUAUGUAAUAGCCACGUCCAACUUCAGUUUUCAGCGUUUCGGUUCACUUUUGUCCGUCGACGAUUUAUUGGUACAAUAUAUACUCCUAUACAAUAUACUCUAUAGCGUAUACCUAUUACCAUUUAUCAUUAUAUCGAAUGACGGUGAGAAGACAAUCGAAUUAGGUGAACCAGUGCGGUAUAUAAAUAAACGUACGGAUCCAUGAUUGGCAUAUUUAUGGGCAAAUAUUGAUCCAACCGCACUCGUGUGCAUAAUGUGUAUACAUGGGUUUGAGUCCCAGCAAUGUCGACCACGACGUUUGUUAAGCCCUGCAGACGGUUUCCGUGAACAUAACCACGGUUACUACAUCGACCGUGAUCCAAACAUUAACUGCUGUCGGUCGUGACAUUAAGCGUGUACAGUAAUAAGCGUCCGGAUGAUAUUAACAUUAUAUUGUUAUAUUGUUGCUGUUGGUUAGUAUUAUAAUAUUUCAAAUAUUCCUUUUAUAAAUUGAAUU